AUGAAGACAAAGUCGUACAUUAAAGCGCAGCCUUCAGCGGUCAAAUCUACGAUUAAAAACAAGUCAAAGUUCAAAACCAAAUCGGUUUUAAAGGGCAAAGUGCGUGCAAAGAGCGAAUCACUUGCUGGCAAUAAGACUGUAGUUAAGUCUGUCACCAAUCCGCCGUUGAAACUUGCUAAGGUUGCCAGUAAAGUGGGCAAAACUGAAAACUCAAAGUUUGAAGUGAAAGCUAAAGAUGCUGUCAAAUCAACCUCCAAAUCAAAGAGCGUUCCUGUGAAAGCGCCUAAGAAAGUAUCAGAAAAAAAGCUGGCAAAGUCAACUAAAGAUGUGCCAAAAAGUGCGCCAGUUUCUGAGAAAAAAUACAAGUCUGAAGCUAAACCGGCUGUUGUCAAGUUGAGUGCCGACUCUGUUGCGGCCAAGACUGAAGAGCCUUCAGGAAAAGAAGUGAUGGUUAAAAACCCGGCCAAGUCUUUUGGGG